AUGGCUUCUUCUACUGGUCUCGCUUCCGACCGCCGCAAGUCGCGCAAGGCGCACUUCGCUGCUCCUUCCGGCCUCAAGCGGAAGAUCAUGUCUUCGUCCCUCAGCAAGGACCUGCGGGGGAAGCACUCCGCUCGCUCCAUGCCUAUCCGCAAAGACGACGAGGUUCUCAUUGUCCGGGGCAAGUACAAGGGCCGGGAGGGCAAGGUCACCCAGGUCUACAGGAAGAAGUGGGUCAUCCACGUUGAGCGCGUGCACGUCGAGAAGUCGAACGCCGCCACUGUCCCCAUCGGUAUCCACCCUUCCAACGUCGUCAUCACCUCCCUCAAACUCGACAAAGACCGUAAAGCCAUCCUCGAGCGCAAGGGGUCCAAGUCAGCAGGCAAGAAGGAGGACAAGACCGAGGGCGGUGACGUCGAGAUGGUCGAAUAG